CUAAUUGGUCCGUUGAACAUCACUUCCUGAAGCAGAGUCCCGUAUGUUUUAAAAUCGAGAGCCUUCGGAGCUGAAUGGUCCUCCAAGGGCUUCAUCAAACCAUUAAAGGUCCGCCAUGUCCAACGAAGACGUAAUUUCAGUGGAUUAUGAAAUUUUUGGCAGAGUGCAAGGUGUAUUUUUUCGGAAGUACACUCAAGCACAAGGGAAAAAGCUUGGCCUAGUUGGAUGGGUCCAAAACACAGGCGCAGGAACUGUUCAGGGGCAGCUACAAGGCCCUCGCAGCAAGGUGAAUGAAAUGCAAGAAUGGCUGAAAUCCACCGGGAGCCCCAAGUCACACAUAACCAAGGCGGAGUUCAAGAACGAGAAAACAAUCGAUAGCCUAGAACACUCAUCUUUUAACGUAGUAAAGUAAUAGAACCCAUAGAUUGUGUCUGUAAUAAUAACUUUGAGACGGAUUUAUUUAUUUAGUCUUUUUUAAUGGUUGGAAUUCAACUCAUCAUUCAUUGGAAAAGUAUGUGAAUGUUAGGUGUCCUUAACAUUGACAAUAUAUGGAAAUACAUGAAUAAAUGAAAAUUUCCUUUCAGAAGGCUUCA